AUGGCGGCGGCGCGUGGCCUGGGCAGCAGCGCGGGGCGGCUCCUGGGCAGCCUGUGCAGGCGCUCGGGGCAGCCGGUGCGGCAGCUGCGCGGGGUGAGCGCCCCCGCCGCCGCCGCCGCGCAGCCGGGCUCGUACCAGGCACGGAGCACACAGGCGGCCCGGGAUCCGGUCGCUUUCUGGGGGCCGCUGGCGCGGGACACGCUCGUGUGGGACACCCCCUACCACACUGUCUGGGACUGUGACUUCAGCAGCGGCAAGAUCGGCUGGUUUCUGGGAGGCCAGUUAAACGUGUCUGUCAACUGCUUGGAUCAGCAUGUUCAGAAGUCCCCGGAGAGCGUUGCUUUGAUCUGGGAGCGGGAUGAGCCUGGAACUGAAGUGAGGAUCACGUACAGGGAACUGCUGGAGACCACGUGCCGCCUGGCCAACACGCUGAAGAGACAUGGGAUCCGACGAGGGGACCGGGUGGCCAUCUACAUGCCUGUUUCCCCACUGGCUGUGGCUGCAAUGCUGGCCUGUGCCAGGAUUGGAGCCGUCCACACCGUUGUCUUUGCUGGCUUCAGUGCGGAGUCCUUGGCUGGGAGGAUCAAUGAUGCCAAGUGCAAGGUUGUCAUCACCUUCAACCAAGGACUCCGGGGAGGGCGCGUGGUGGAGCUGAAGAAGAUCGUGGAUGAAGCCGUGAAGCACUGUCCGACCAUCCAGCAUGUCCUGGUGGCUCACAGGACGGACAACAAGGUCCACAUGGGGCAUCGGGACAUCCCCCUUGAGCAGGAAAUGGCCAAGGAAGACCCUGUGUGCGCCCCAGAGAGCAUGGGCAGCGAGGACAUGCUCUUCUUGCUGUACACUUCGGGGAGCACUGGGACCCCCAAGGGACUCGUCCACACCCAGGCGGGCUACCUGCUAUAUGCCGCCCUGACACACAGGCUUGUGUUUGACUACCGGCCAGGUGACGUCUUUGGCUGUGUGGCCGACAUCGGCUGGAUCACAGGACACAGCUAUGUGGUGUACGGACCCCUGUGCAAUGGAGCAACCAGCGUCCUUUUUGAGAGCACCCCAGUUUACCCCGAUGCUGGUCGAUACUGGGAGACGGUGCAGAGGUUAAAGAUCAGUCAGUUCUAUGGGGCCCCGACGGCUGUCCGGCUGCUGUUGAAAUACGGUGACUCCUGGGUGAAGAAGUAUGACCGUUCUUCCCUGAGGACCCUGGGGUCAGUGGGAGAACCGAUCAACUUCGAGGCUUGGGAGUGGCUCCACAAGGUGGUGGGGGACAGCAGAUGCACGCUGGUGGACACGUGGUGGCAGACAGAAACGGGUGGCAUCUGCAUCGCGCCACGGCCCUCAGAGGAAGGGGCAGAGGUCCUCCCUGGCAUGGCGAUGCGGCCCUUUUUUGGCAUUGUCCCGGUGCUCAUGGACGAGAAGGGAAAUGUCGUGGAGGGCAGUAACGUCUCCGGGGCUCUGUGCCUGUCCCAGGCCUGGCCGGGCAUGGCCAGGACCAUCUACGGAGACCACCAGAGAUUCAUGGAGGCCUACUUCAAGCCUUACCCAGGCCACUACUUCACCGGUGAUGGGGCAUACAGGACAGAGGGCGGCUACUACCAGAUCACAGGGCGGAUGGACGACGUCAUCAACAUCAGCGGUCACAGGCUGGGGACCGCAGAGAUCGAGGACGCGAUGGCUAACCACCCCGCUGUGCCAGAGACCGCUGUCAUUGGCUAUCCCCAUGACAUCAAAGGAGAAGCUGCAUUUGCCUUCAUCGUGUUGAAGGACAACACAAGUGACACAGAUGCUGUGGUGAAGGAGCUCAGAUCAGCAGUGGCCACCAAGAUUGCCAAGUACGCCGUGCCCGAUCAGAUUCUGGUAGUGAAGCGUCUUCCAAAAACUCGGUCUGGAAAAGUCAUGCGGAGGCUCCUGAGGAAGAUAAUCACGGGCAGAGCUCAGGAUCUGGGGGACACCACCACCCUGGAGGACCCCAGUGUCAUCACGGAAAUCCUGAGUGCCUACCAGAAGUACAAAUCCAAGCAAGCUGCCUCUCAGUGAUGGGCUCUGGUCAAGACCCAGUCCCCACACCCCUAACCGUCGUUCCAGAAUGUAGCUCUCAGAUGUGCUCAUUUUCUGCUCUCUCAGAAGCAGGCCUCUCCCAGAGCAUAACCCAUACUGCCCCAGUGUGAAGUCUGUGCUAAACCCUGCCUUCUUGCUGCUGAGAACCCAUGAAGAAGUACUAUCAGACAUGCUUAGCAUUUGCUUCCCCUUUUCCUGAAUUUGGUUUCCUGGAAUGAAAAGUCACUGUCAUCUCCAUUUCUGUGUUACCUCCUGACAGCACAGGAAGGUGAAAAGCCUGGUAACAUGUGCCUGCUCAGAUGACUGAGAACUAGAAGCAAUCAUAGUUCUUCUAUGAUUUUCCCAGAUGUUUCUAGAUACAAAAGGCAGAUACUUUAUUUUUAUACUUUUAUAUUUUGGAAGACUGUACAAAUACACACAUGUAGUAUGUGGAUUUACAUGUACAUGCUCUUUGUAACAUUUAGAGCUAUGAAAAUCUUUUGUGCCUCUGCUCAUGGGGAAAUGUGGAGAGGGUCAGAGGGUGCGUUUUUAAUGUUCGGCAUAUGGGGGAAUCUGUAUUGGAAAUGUUUGUACCUUUGUCUAAAUAUAGCUAUCUUGAGAACUUUCAA